AUCGAAGACUCUCAAUUUUAUCUUUAGUACUGUGACCUACGCAGUUAUCGGAAGACUUUAUUGGAUAGCGGAGAGUAAAAGAGUUUGAAUAUCUAUUUUGUCUAUUGUCCGAAUUAAAUUUUUGCAUUGAGUGUUAUCAUUCUGCAUAAAGAAAUCUGAUCAGUUCCUGUUUCCUUUUGUGAUACAGGCAUUGAUUUAAAUCAUUAUUGCAUUAAAUCGUCAUUGCAGAUAUUAAAAUUUUUGCAAGAAAAUUAAAUAAAUCGUCAAAUUUAUGGCUACACAAAAUAUUGAACAACAGCAACGUAAGUUAAACGCUGAGACAUUCCAGAAUAAAUUAGAUAUGGAAGAGGAUCAACGUAAGUGUCGCUCAUCAGAUAUGGAAUUAACAGGUGACGAUUCUGUAUUAGAUGAGAAAAAUAAUGAAGAGGACAACAGUGUAAAGUCAGCGGAAACCACUUCGCCAGAUCAGGAUGAACGGUCCCAACUUCUUUGCAAUCGUGUAUCCCAAUUGAGGGACAAUAAAAAAAUUGCUCCUGACGUAAACUUGAAAGAACUAGUUAUUUUAACUAAGAAUCUUAAUUCUGUAGACGUAGAACUUUUAGUUAGAUUUGCAAUGGAUACAGCACUAGUACGGUUAAGUAACGCUUACAAGACAAAGGAGAUAAAGCUAGAUAUGGAUACAAUAGAGGAGAAGGUUAUAGUAACUAGAAACGACUUUUUGUAUGCACUGGAUACUUAUAUUACACCACCAUUCAAUCCAUGGUUAGAUAGUAAGAUUAUCACUUGGGGAUCACCGGUAAAUGAAUUUCUUGAAAAUGGCAAUUUAUACGCUAAAGUCGCCCAGAAAACUGGGCUCUUUACUGUUCUUUUGGAAGGUCCACCACACUGUGGAAAAACAACGCUUGCCACACACAUCGCAAAAAAUUCAAACUUUGAAUGUCUUAAAGUUAUUACACCUGAAGACAUACUGAACCUUGAUGAAUUUGACAAUGAAACCGCAAAAUGUCGUUAUAUACGAGAGAUGUUUAACGAGGCAUAUCGUGCACCAUGCAGCUGUAUUUUAAUUGAUGAUAUUGAACGUCUACUGAAUUCCUGUCCAAUUAAACAAAAGUGUUCUACUAUGAUGUUACAAACACUAUUGGUGUUAUUAGAGAAAUCACCGCCACCUGGUCAUAAACUAUUGAUUUUGUGCACUACUAAUUGGGUAAGAUGUAUUGACGAUAUGAAAUUACUUCCAACAUUUAAUGCCAUUCUUGAAGUGCCACUAUUGUCAACCAUUGAACAUUUGUUAAAUGUAUUGACUGAAGUUAAUCUCUUUUCGAAACAUAAAAUGGCUUCUUUUAAGGCAAAGCUUCAAGAAAAACAAAAAAUAUACAUUGGUAUUAAGCAUUUGCUUCGCCUGAUAAAUAUAGUACGUGAAAUAGAUUCAAGUGACAGAGUCAACGAAUUUUUUGCAAAAUUGGAGGAAGAAGGUGAACUGCAUUAAUAGCUUUGAAUUGUAUUAAUUGACAUGUAGUAUUAUUAAUUAUACUUAAUUAGUAAAUAAUAAUAAUAAUAUAUCAUUAUUAUUAAGGUACACAGUCGCAAUAGAA